AUGUCUUCGCCUUGCGAAGACGCCACCACAGACGAGCCUUCGUAUGAGAUUGGGAGCUGGUCCAUGGGAGAUGACGGCUUCGACCUUGGUGUCCGUAUGAAUGGUAAGCGAUUCAGGAUCGCCGUAUGGGCGGACUACUUCAAGGACUCCCCCUCAGCCACCGCAGCCUUUCAAAAGGCCCUCGCCAUCAUGAAUGACGGCGACGAUAGCUGUGAGGAGCUCUGGGACUACCUCGAGUGGAUCGUGGACUUUUUCUUGCCCCAGUUUCAAAGCCUCGCGCCUCCGGUAGUGCACGCUGGAAUUUUAACACUAGCCCACCUUGCCGUCCGGGAAUCCUUUCGAAUGCGAGUUCCAUUUGGCUCUAAGGGCAGGCUGCGUGGCCUGAUUUACCACUUCAUCAAGUCGGAAGAGAGGCUUACGUGGGCUGUUGACGAGCGUGCUCCCCUUGCUCUUCGGGAGAAAUGGGCGGCGCAGAUUAAGGACACUGUAGCCAAGCUGCAUCAUCUGGGUGUCGUCUGGGGCGACGUCAAGGCCGACAAUGUUCUCGUCGACGAGAACAGUAAUGCCAUAGUCAUUGACUUGGAGGGCGGCACCACACAAGGCUGGGUUGACCGAGGGAAGGAAGGCACUGUUGAAGGAGACGCACAGAGAAUAGAGAAUAUGAUGGACUUCAUCUUUAAUGAUGAAUCGAUGCUCCGUCCCCCGCCUUUGGGGCCGGACGACGAGCCUAUUGUCAAGCUCAGAGGUUAUUGA